AAGAGCCCUCUGUCAGAGCUCACAGCUCCAGUAUGUGUGUGAGUGCGUGUGUGUGCCUCCAGACAUCACUGAUCCAACAUGUGAUCCUCCGGCCUGAUGCUGUGAACAGUGAUGCAGGACUCGCACUGUAGCUGCACGGGCUGACUGCUGAUAUGAAACACAUGGAUUAUGGAUCGGAUGUGGAUAUGUUGCCAGAUCCUGCUUCUUCUAGGUGUUGCUGUGAAUUCGUCGCCCCGUGACGGUGACGAGGCGUCCUGCGAUGGAGCGUUUGAUAUUUAUUUUGUCUUGGACAGGUCAGGCAGCGUGUUUGGACACUGGGAUGAGAUCUAUGGAUUUGUGGAGCAGCUCACCAACAGGUUUGUCAGUCCCAGGAUGAGGGUCUCCUACAUCGUCUUUUCAGCCAGAGCAGCUGUAAUACUGCCACUCACAGGAGACAGGUCUAAGAUAGAUGAUGGUUUGGAGAAGCUGAGCCAAAUCAGACCUGCUGGUGAAACGUACAUGCACGAAGGCAUGAGAGCGGUGUCGGAUCAGAUGAAUUCACAGACUUCACCGUCAUCCACCAUCAUCAUCGUUCUGACCGAUGGCAAGCUGGACAUCUACCCCUAUGAGCUGAGCGUGCAGGAGGCUGACAAAGCCAGAGGGUACGGGGCCCGGGUGUACUGUGUCGGGGUUAUGGACUUUGACCACAACCAGCUUGCUGAAAUAGCAGACGGCACGGAGCAGGUUUUCCCAGUGCUGUCCGGCUUUCAUGCCCUCAAGGACAUCGUCAGCUCGAUCCUGAAGCAGACGUGCGCAGAUGUGUUCACAAUAGAGCCGUCAAGUGUUUGUGUGAAUGAGUCGUUCGAUGUGGUGCUGAGGGGCAGCGGCUUCAGUGGAUCCAAGAGGGCAGACAACGUCCUCUGCGUCAUCACUGUCAAUCAAAAGACAUUCAACCAGAAGCCGACAGUGGUUAGAGACGGACAUCUGCUGUGUCCUGCUCCUGUUCUGCACGAGGUCGGACAAUCGAUCGAGGUGCUGGUCAGCCUGAACAAUGGACAAUCCUACAUCUCCAGUCCCAUCACCAUCUACGCCACAACAUGUUCAGAUGGGACCUGGGUGCUGUGGUUGCUCUUGGCUCUGUUGCUGUUGCUGGCUCUGGUCCUGCUCUGGUGGUUCUGGCCUCUCUGCUGCACUGUGGUGAUCAGAGACCCGCCCCCUGAUCGCCCACCUCCUCCACCUCCUGUCAUUGAACCAGAAGAAGAUCUUCUGCCCAAACACAGAUGGCCCACAGUGGAUGCUUCGUACUAUGGAGGCAGAGGUCCUGGAGGAAUCAAACGCAUGGAGGUGCGUUGGGGGCAGAAGGGGUCCACAGAGGAAGGCUCCCGGCUGGAGAAAACCAAAGAUGCUGUGGUCACUCUGCCAGAGGAGGUGGAGGAGCCCAUCAUACCCCGACCCCCACCACGACCUCCUCCGAUCUUCAACCCGCCGCCACAGUCCAAAUGGUACACCCCGAUCAAGGGGCGUUUUGAUGCAUUGCUGGCAUUACUGAGGAGACAGUACGACAGAGUGGCAGUCAUGAGACCCACAUCUCAGGACAAGGGCCGCUGCAUUAACUUCACCAGAGUUCAGAGUCGCUGAUGUUCAAACAAGACGUUCAGCACUUCUCACUUUAUUCCAGUUUUUGGCCAAAGAUGACUGACAUGUAAACUUAAGAGAUAAACUGAUUCAAUGUGUGCUGUAAAUAAAUGUUUCUACUUAUA